AUGUCAUACGCAGUGGAGACCAAAAAGCGCAAAUUCCAUCGCGUCCUCGAAUCCCUGACCAAACCUUCAACCCCCGACUCCGCGACCAAAUCCUCCGCGACGACGAAAGAUCGUUCUGCACCAGACUCCUCACUCAAAAGACCGCGCUUGGGUACUCAAGCCGAUGGCGAGCUAGCUACCGCGCGAAAAGCGAUUCUUAAAGUCACGCGAUCCGGCUCUCGGGGCUCGUCAACGUCGUCCCCACGACCGACCUUCGUUCCCUGGGAUCGCGAACGCUUUCUGGAGCGGUUGGAAACAUUCCGCCGUGUGGAUUGGUGGUCGCCGAAACCAACUGCAAUUAAUGAGGUGGAAUGGGCCAAGAGGGGCUGGGUCUGUACAGAUGUGUCCCGCGUAACGUGCGCCGGUGUGUGUGGUGGUUCCGUCGUGGUGAAGUUACCAGACGAACUGGACGAACUGGAUGGUUAUGAUAUCGAGAAGGUCCAGGAGAGAAAGGAAGUCCGCUCGAAGCUUGUCGAUGAAUACGCCGGUCUCAUCGUGCAAGGGCAUGGUCAAAACUGCCCGUGGAAAAACCGAGGCUGCGAUGCUACGAUACACCGCUUACCUCUCGCAAACCAUGACACAGCGAUCACUGGCCUCGAAACCCGUUAUUCCCAUGUUGUCAAGCUGGCGGACCAACUGCCGUCACAAGACAUUCUCCAGACACCCGCGUCUUUUGACCUCGAGGAAAUACUGAGUGUCCUCCCAGCAGAGUUCAACACACAAGCAGACGGCGCGGAAACGCACAGCAUUAACUCGACCCCCGAAAACGAAGACGACUCCUCGCAAAAUCCAUCCGCAACUCAGCCAUCGGUCAACAAAGCAGCUUUUAUGCUGGCAUUCUUCGGAUGGGAUACGGUUUCGGAUGCCACUGCUGGCUUAUUAGGCUGCAGUGCAUGUUUCAGACGGUUGGGGCUCUGGAUGUACAAGCCCAAGGAUAACGGGGGUACGCCUUUACAUGACUCCUUGGACCUUGUCCAAGAACACAUGGAGUAUUGUCCCUGGGUGAGCGGUAAGGCGCAGAGCGGUACAGGCAAGGCCUCAGAUGAGAAGGAGUAUUUGAUGAGUGGAUGGCAGCUCUUGGCCCAAGCGCUCAAGGUGAAGCAUCGCCGACAUAUCAGAUCAACCACGUCCGGUCCUAGCCGCGCUGCCUCCGAAGCUCCUUCAACCGAUGGGCUCACCGUUGACGAAUCGAACCACGAAGCCAAGAAGACUAGCGACCGCGAAUGGUGGGCAAAGAUCCGACGAAUGAGGCAAGUCUUGAAUGUCAAAUCUCCAAAGAGAGCAAAGCCCAAUCCUCAAUGA